UUAUUAAUAAUAUAUAUUUUAUGAUAAAAAAUUUCUAAUCUGAUAAAUGUCAUAUGAAGAAAGUGAAAGAGAAUAUAAAGUGAAAGUGAAUUUUUUAAUUCUUAGCCACAUUUUUCUCAAUAUCUCUUUUACUUUUUAAAAGUAUAUUGAGAUGGAAAUGGCACCAGUAGAAAUUACAGAGGAGAGUGGCGAAAAAAUUCAAACCAGUCCUAUCAUACAGAUAGUACGAGUUCCAGUGAAACAUGCUAAUUUAGGCAUACGAAGUCAUGCCAUGGACAUGAGUACAAUGGUAGAACUAACAUCAUUUAGUACACUGGGAAAGAUACAACCUUUUCUAGUGACUAUCACAACCACUGCAGCUUUAUUAGUAGACUUACAUUGUCAUUUAACAGAUAAGGAAAUUUGUGGUUAUCUCGGCGGACACUGGGAUAUCAAUUCACAUAAUCUUUCUAUAACAUGUGCAUUUCCAUGCCGAUAUUCUGGUAAAGAGAAGUCAGCUGCAGCAGCUGUGGAAGCUGAAAUUGCAAGAGCUAUGGAAUGGAAACGUGUUACACUGGUAGGAUGGUAUCAUUCUCAUCCACGCUCACAUGCAUCACCUUCAUUAAGAGAUGUAGAUUCUCAAUUGGAUUAUCAGAUCAAAAUGAAGGGGCCUAGCGAUAAUGGAUAUAUACCAUGCGUGGGAUUAAUAUGCUCUCCUUACAAUAUGGAUGGCAAUUGCUAUGAGUCAAAUUUUAAUGUUUUUUGGUCUCUACCACCACCUGAAAAUAGACCUCACGAGUAUCCUCGACCAAUGCUUCUCAGUUAUACAUUAUCACAAGAACAUUUUCUUUCUCAAGAUACCUUGGAAGAGAUUAGAAGAUGUAUAGAAUACUAUAAAAGCGAAGGUGGCAUCGAUUUUACUGCUAAUUUCAACAACAAUACAACAUAUCUUGAACGUUUAAGAUGUUCUCUGGCAUCAAAAUUGCCUGGUCGAAAUAGAUCAAACGGCUCAUACUGGGAUGUGAUCAGGGAAAUGAUUUGUCCAGGCUCUGAAGACGCCAACGCGCCCGAAUUCUUGGCAGUGAAAUUUCCCUUAGUACCUUCCUCGGAAUCACUCGGACCACCUGUCCCACCAGGCGUCGGUCUCACAGCUGGUAACGCAGCUGUUUUUCUCGCACCAGUUAACUUCAAACCUGACGGAGGUGCCAUAAUCACUCCCACGUCCAAGCCAUUCGUGUUGCAACCUUCGACUUCUCGAGAUGGCAUUAAAAAAGACAAUAUGGGUCCUAAUGACGCCGCGUCCAUCACACAGAUAAAAGACAGCAAUUCCAUCUCCAAACACAUAUCUCCCUCGGAGAUAAUACCGAGUUUCCAAUCGGGCGAACUCACAGUAUCGGUGAAGAAUGCAAAGUGCGAUUACGAUUUCGCACCGACGGAUUUCUCAAAAUUGACGAAUCCACUGACUGGUGAUGGCACCAAGAGUCGAACAUCGAAUUCUGACUUUCCGUUAGCGGAUAUCACGCAACAGAUCACAAAAUUUUCGGAUCUGACGAAACUGGCAAACUUCUCUACCGCCGAUUUGGCGAAGCUAUCAAGUUUCUCUAUUGCGGAUUUUACGCGAACCUCGUCACCUUCGCCAUCCACAUAUAUGCGUAACAUCGCGAAUCUAUUCGGCCCUCUCGGCAAGAUUUCGCCAGCGAAGGACAUGGAAAGUAACGAACGCAAAGCGGGUGAUUUUGUUACCGUUGACGCGAUUCCGUCACCCUUCAAAACUGCUAGUUCGGAGGCUUGCAGAAGCUUCUCAGCAAGUGCCGAGGAUUAUACAAGCGAUCGUAAGAAAUUGGAAGUACAGAUUGAUUCCACGAAGAUCGGUAGACCAGGAGAAUAUCAAGGAACCGAGGAUCUGACAAUAUCAUCGAGUGUUAAAUCUGACUUUGGAAGUAUGUUGGAUAUGACGGCGUUACAUAAGAAGCAACCGUCCCAAUCGGCUGACAUGGGAGAUUCCUUAAAUCUUUCUAAAGACCGUUAAAUAAUAUAUUCGAUCAAGAAUCACAUUUUUUAACGUAAAGUU